AAUAAUUAUUGAUGAAAUUUUUCCAUUAAAACUUUUCAUAAGUGUUUAGAAUAGGAACCAGAAAGAUGUUAACUAUAUUUGCACUUAGAUUAGUAACAAUGUCUUACUUGACAAUAUCGUGUUAUAUACAAAACGUGUUAGGUUUAUUUCAGAAAAAUAAACAAAUGGACGCAAAUGUGAUAUUUGAAUUGGAAAAUAGAGGACCAACCAUGUGUCUUCGGGAAUGUACACAUUAUAAAGGUUAUAGUGGUGUUAAUUACAGACGAGAUACACUGACUUGUCAACUGUUGUCUGUAUCCCUACCAGGAGACCAGUUAAAAUAUAGUGAAGUCUUCUCAUUCUCUGAUAUAUACAAUUUUACCUUGGAUGGAGAUAGUUGUCUGCCUACCAAUCCCUGUAAGGAACGUGAAAAGUGUGUUCCAUUGGAUAAGAAUGGACACGUUUGUGUACCGUAUCUGGCGCCAUGCGAUGCGCAGCCAUGUAAAAACGGAGGCAUCUGUCGUAACAAGGUGAACAGCUAUGUAUGUACCUGUCCAAAAGAAUGGACUGGUCCCAACUGUGAAACAAAAAUAUGUGAUGUGAAGAUGGACUGCUCUGAUCUCAAAAGCCCUAACUGCAAAACUGGUACAUACCAGCUCAAUAUUAAUGGUACCGUUAAUGUACUCUGUGAAAUAAGUGAUAGUGGGGGCGGUUGGACUGUGUUUCAUAGAAGACAAAGCGGUAAUGUUGACUUUUACAGGGAUUGGGAUUCUUACAAACUUGGAUUUGGAAAUAUAAGUGACGAGUUCUGGCUUGGUAAUACAUAUUUACAUCUCUUGACAAACCCAGGCAACUUUACCCUGAGAAUCGAAUUAGAGGAUUUUGACGGAAAUCAUCGUUACGCUGAAUACACUCACUUCUCUAUCAGUGAUGAAAGUUCUGGAUUCAAAUUGAAGUUCAGUACAUAUACAGGAGAUGCAGGAGAUGCACUUACGUAUCACAAUGGACAAAUGUUUUCGACUAAAGAUAAAAAUAAAAUGAAAUGUGCCCAGGACUACAAAGGAGCUUGGUGGUACAAUGCUUGUCAUCAUAGCAACCUGAAUGGUCAGUAUCUGAUCGGAACGCAUUCGACAUUUGCUGAUGGUGUGAAUUGGAAGGAAUGGAAAGGACACAACUACUCACUUAAAUCAAGUAGAAUGAUGUUCCGUAAAGCAUAACUUUAGUU